UAUUGGUGGGGUUUGCUUGGGUCCGAUACAGAUGAUACGCGAUCGGAAAGGAGGUUUUGCAUUCGAUUCGUAUCGUAUCGUCCGGGGUCAGUCGGGGUUUUUUAAAUGCCGUUUAAAGUGCACGCACGUAAUAUAACGUUGGUUAUGUGAGACUCGCUCGACGCGAAGUGGAAGCAAAUUCGAUCGUGAGCAAAUAAUAAUUCCCGUCGACAUUCUUUGCCCCAGGUUUUACGCUCAUAUACGUGUGUAUAUAUGUGUUUCGCUGCUGAACCACGAAGGGACGGAAAUCUCUCUGUCGCACGAUCGCGAAUGCAGUUGUCCGCUAUUCGACGUCGUAUUAUGAUCAAUUUUCGUGUUUUGAUCGCGCAUUAGCACCAGCAAUUGGCCAAAUGAAGAUAAUGUCAGAUGAUGACGCUGCAUUGGACUCAAUGGAUACUGAAGAAGAAAUUUUUAAUCGAACCUUGGAGACAAAUGUCAGGCGAUCUAAGAGCUUACGCAAGCUAAGAUCGCAUUCCGGAUCUAACUCGCAUAUAACUAGAAACAAUUUGAGUGUACGUCGCAGUACACGUAAUAGAAUGCAAACUUAUGACAACCUCAAUACUAGCUGGAUAUUAGGAACACAAACGUUAAAAGGAUAUCCUAUGUUUCAACAUGCCUCUUCUUCGGAUAAAGAAAUAGACGAUGUCUCCGGAAGAAAGCGCGAUCUGCGAGAACGCAUGCCUUUGAGAUCUCGUGAAAAUCAUCCACCCACCAAACCUCCGACCAGACAUCUUCGUGAUAAAACGGAACAUGAUCGUCAAAAUAGUAGAGAGCUCAGAGGUAGAGGACCCGAGCGCGAUCUUAAAGAAAGAACAGAAUCGAGCAAGGACGUCAGUGAACAAACAAAACCAACAAACGAUGAGAAAGAUACCAGAAGAAAGUCCGAUAGCCCGAGCAGAUUUAGAGAAGGUCCUGUAACGAGACUGUGCGGAAAUAUUGUUGAGAAAACCGAAAAGCCCAAAGUACAGCAGGAUGAAGCUGAUGACGAUAGUUCCCGGGAGAGCGAAAAGCCGGAGAAUAACGAUAAUUCUGAAAACGAGGAUGGAUACGAGGAUAUGUAUACGCGCAUCAAGAGAACAAGACGCAGAACGCAACGUCAAAUGCCAAGAGUGGUGGUUAGCGAUAUGAGCGAAUCGUCAGAUUCACCUGGGCCUAGGAAGUACAGUUUACGUCAGAACAAGCCUACCGUAGAUAGAUUUCAGGCUAACGUAGAACCAGUUAGGCCAUCUAUUAGAGCCCUUAGAAGUGUUCUCAGCAAUUCGAUGAGGAGAAGGAAGCAUAGAAACAAGAGUCCGAGUUCAAGUGACUCUAGUGACUCCGAGCCUCAGCGAUACGACAAAAAGAAAGGCAAAAAAGCUAGACAAUCGGCGAUACCGCAGGGCGGUCCACCGGAUAAGAAAGCCGACAUAAACCCUAUCACUUUAGACACUAAUAUUAGAUUUAGCGAUGUCGGCGGUUUAGAAUCUCACAUUCACUGCCUUAAAGAGAUGGUCGUCUUUCCCAUGUUGUAUCCAGACAUUUUCGAGAGAUAUCACAUUACCCCACCAAAAGGUGUUUUGUUUCACGGCCCGCCAGGGACCGGCAAGACACUGAUAGCAAGAGCGCUAGCCACCGAGUGUAGUCAAGGUAACAAGAAGAUGUCGUUUUUCAUGAGAAAGGGAGCGGAUUGUUUGUCCAAGUGGGUCGGCGAGUCCGAACGCCAACUGAGAUUGUUAUUUGAGCAAGCUCAACAAAUGAAACCGUCCAUAAUAUUUUUCGACGAGAUCGAUGGUUUGGCACCAGUAAGAAGUACCAAGCAAGAUCAGAUCCACGCUAGUAUUGUGUCCACGCUUCUAGCACUCAUGGACGGUCUCAGUGAUAGAGGAGAGGUUAUAGUUAUCGGCGCAACGAAUAGAAUCGAUGCGAUUGAUCCGGCGCUUCGAAGACCCGGUCGUUUCGAUCGCGAACUUUUUUUCCCACUACCUGCGAUGAAAGAGAGAUUGGAAAUACUGAAGAUACAUGUCAGCAAAUGGAAGAAUCCGCCGCCCGAUCAGUUGUUGGAGAUAUUAGCCGAAAAAGCAACCGGUUAUUGCGGUUCGGACUUGAGAGCUUUGUGCACCGAAGCGGUGCUGCAAGGAUUAAGAAGAACUUAUCCGCAAAUUUACAUGACGAACGACAGAUUAUUACUGGAUCCGGAGAAAGUUGAAGUCAAAAGAUGUGAUUUUAUACAAGCGAGUUAUAUACUCAUCCCGUCAUCGCACAGAGUAGCUCCGUGUGCGGGAAGAAAGUUGCAGCUGUUUAUGGAACCGCUGUUAGGACCACCAUUGGAAGAAUUGACCAACUUAAUCAAGGGAAUAUUUCCUCAUGGCGUAAAUCCCGCUAUGGCAAAAGUGAGGACUGCUAAGGGUGUCCAUCGCCCAAGAUUAUUGAUCUCUGGCGGCAACUUAUCCGAAGGUCAAGGAUCUAAUUUAGCUCAAGCGUUAUUAUAUUCCAUGGAACACCUACCGGUCCAAAUGCUAGAUGUCAGCACGUUGUUCGCAGAGAGCGCACGAUCACCUGAAGAAACUUGCGUACAGGUAUUUAACGAAGCUGCUAGGAAUGUACCGUCCAUAAUUUACAUUCGCUCGAUCAACCAAUGGUGGCCUCUUGUCCCGGAAACAGUAAAAGCCGUUUUCUUGUGUCGCAUCGCGGCUUUAGACUCUUCUUUGCCAAUUUUAAUUCUCGCGACGAGCGAUUCGAAGUAUCAGGAUCUUCCCGAUCAGUUGAGAAAUUUGUUCAGUGAAUUGCGCGGAGAAGUGUAUUCCAUGAAAACUCCCACCACCGAGCAAAGAACAAAAUUCUUCCGGCCAAUUUUCACAGUUCAGAGUUUGAAGCAGCCGCAGAUCAAGAGCAACAAAGUGGAGAUAUUGGAAACACUGCCAUUAGCGCCGGACCCGUUGCCAAAGAAGUUGACGGAAGAGGAGAAACAAAUUAUGUACGAGAAGGACGAGGUGUCUUUGAGGGAAUUACGAAUCUUCUUGAGAGAGAUCUGCGCCAAACUGGCGAGAAAUCGACAAUUUUUCAUGUUCACGAAGCCGGUUGACACGGAAGAGGUGCCGGAUUACAAUUUGAUCAUAAAGCAACCAAUGGAUCUGGAGACGAUGAUGACCAAGAUCGACAUGAACUGUUAUCUGUGCGCUCGUGAAUUUCUCGACGACAUUGAUCUCAUUUGCAGAAACGCUUUGGAAUACAAUCCGGACAGCUUACGUGAUAGGCCUUCCCUCGGAAUAUUAAAGAGGGAUCCCGCGGAUAAGUUGAUAAGACAUCGAGCGUGUUCCUUGCGCGACAACGCUUACGCGUUGAUAAAAGCCGAGUUGGAUUCCGAUUUUGAGGACAAAUGUCGCGAGAUUUCCAAGACCCGGCGUAUUUUAGAGAACCCUUGCAACAACGAGGAAGAGAACAAGGAUAUGAAACAAGACAAAGAAACCACCGUCGUGAGCGAGCGUGCGGAGAAAAGGGAGUCCGUGAAUUCUAGUCAGUCCGUUGUCGUGAACGGAAAGAGAUUUGCUUCAUCGAGGAAACGCAAAAUACCCGCUUGGGCGCGAGGUUUCGUGAAAAAGGUUUCCAAGAAGAAGAAGAUCGCUUUCGAUGACAGUGUCACCGAAGUGGUUGCGAGUAAAUCGUUAAACAACGAAAGCACCACCAGUAUCGAUUUAGAAAAGUUUCAGGAAUUCGAAACCGAGGCGAAUAGCGUCUUGAACGGUCACGUUGGAUUGUUUGAUAACACCGACUCCGAGAACGAUUCGCAAAAUGAAAAUUCGAAGGAAAGCCAAAGCUCCGUUAUCGCGGAUCAACGAAUAAAUAAUCUCGAUCAAAUACGAAUAUCUUUCAAUGAGGAGGACAGACCCGUUAGAAAUGAUGAUUCGAAUUCGUCGUCUCGACGCGAAAGUAUGGAUGAACUUUCAUUUGCCAUUGAAAGCGAUUCUAGUCGAGAUAGGAUCGAUGAUAAUGAGAAGGUUCUAGUAGAUAAAACCGAGCUCGAAAACGCAUGGCACUUUACCGUUGAUGCGACGAAAGAUUUUCCCGUCGAAGUAUUGUGCGACAUUUACGUGCAACUAAGUAGAUGCGUUGGUAAAUAUGCUCACAAGUAUGAUAGAAAAUCACUGCCAAAGGACUUGCUCAAGAAAGUGAAGAAGUUCACAGAGUACAACACACAGGUACAGGCAUAGUACGAACGAAAAAAUAAAUCGCAUUGCGAGUAAUAACACACGACAUAUAUGUUAAUGCCAUUGCAAUAUCUUUAACUGUAUGUCAAUUUUUUUUGUAUAUUUAUACUAACUGCCGAAUAUUUACUAUGCUUCUAUCUCCAAAUGAAAUUUUAGGACGGUAUAUUUCUUAGUUCUUAUACUGCCAGUCUUUUACGUAAAUAAUGGUACGUAUCUACAAGAUAAUCGAGUUUUUUUUUUUGUUACGUAUACACACAUAUAUAGGGAAUUAUUAGUUUUUAAAUAUUUUUGAAUAUUCAAAUUAUUGACUUUUAAUGUAUAUCUAAUAUUGACUUUCAAUAUUUAAUACAUUUGCAAUAUAUAUAUUUGCUGAGUGAAUUUCAGAAGAAAUAUGCAAUUAGAUUUUUUGUGUACAUAUUGUCGCAAGAAUAUUUAAUCGAUUGGUUCUCUUUUGAUUUGAUAUCAUUUUGCUUACAGACAAGUUCUAAGUAUUGUGAUUCUUAACCGCGUGGCUAAAGCAUGGAGGAAGAAAGAGUUUAUUUAUCCGCUCUUUCUUGUUGAUCGCGGUCACGUCUUUUUUUUUUUUUUUUUUUUUUAGGAAAUAUAAAAAAUAUCUGAUAAAAAAAACAAUUAAUUCGCGUGACUAGAUCGUUUGCGUACUAGGGUAUUUAUUAUUAUUUUUAUCAGUAUCGUAGAUGCUAAUUACAAUCUUAUAUCGUUCUUAAUAUUACUUUAUUGAGAUUAUAUUAUACACACUACCUGCAUCAUCACAGUGGUACACCAAAAUAAGACAGAAAAUUAGUAAAGUGCUACAUAUUCUUGUAUAAUAAUAGAAGUACGAUAAACUUUUGUUUGUAUGAAGAAAGGUUCAAGACGAAUUUAAACAAGAAGCAACAAGAAUUAACGUAAAAAUACGGGAAUUGGUACAUUCAUGUACUUAACUAUUUCCAUCGAGAUAGUUUUCCAUUAACCCUUUCGCUACUUCUUCGCAGACGAUUAGUCCAUCCAGCGAAAUAUAUAUAUUUUUCGCACAACGAUGUUGUAUAAUAAUUUUGAUAUAUACGAAUGCCCGAAUUUAUUUUCAAUCACUCACCACACGCAAUUUCGCACCUCUAAUUUUGUACGUAGUCUCGAAUCUCUUGUAAAUAAAUUUUUUAACAAAAUGCGCGAAGAGAAGUCCGUAUAUAUUGCAGAAGAAAGUUCUCAUGGCUAAUUGCUGCCGUAGCGAAAGGGUUAAAUAUACUCACGUGUUAACAGUACAAUGAUCGUCCUCAAGUGUAGAUUUAUUAUCGCAUUAAAUAGGAUGCAAGUUCAAGUACUUUGUUAUAUAUCGCCGAUGAGAGGGAAUCUCAUCUCUCUAGAUUUGAAAACGAUUUACAGACACGCAGGAAGAGUCAGAAUACGAAAACGUGUAUUUUUUUUCUAUCGAUAACGUUGUGGAUUUCCUCGUGUAUUGAUAUAUACCUCGCUCUAAAAAAAUGUAUCAAUUCGAAUUAGUAUAUUAGCAUACAGAGUAUAAUAAAUAUAAAUAUACUUGAUGUAAAAAAAAAAAAAAAAAAGAUCAAGCAGGUUAAAGCUUAAUAA